ACUGUGACGUCGACGAACAAGGGCGGCGCCGAAUCCUCCUUUUCAACCUUGUCCUGGUUCCGGCCUUUCCAGGCGUCUUCGGAUUUGCCGGUCCCAGUAAGACGCCGCAGCUCCUGCUGGCCCACAAGUCGGACUAGGCUCUAUCCCGUCUAAUAUCCAUCCGCCCUCACUAUGUCUCUCAUCACAGCCGGACGCCUGUGCGCUCGUAUUCUCGGGGCCAAGAACUCCCCCUGUGUUUUGAUUACUGCUCGACAUGCCAGCUCUUCCACGAAUUUAAAAGAUGUCCUGUCCGACCUCAUUCCGAAGGAAAGCGCCAGAAUCAAGAACUUUAAGCAACAGCAUGGCAAGACAGUCGUUGGCCAGAUCACAGUGGAUAUGAUGUAUGGUGGCAUGAGAGGUAUGAAAGGAUUAGUCUAUGAAACCUCGGUACUUGAUCCCGAUGAGGGCAUCCGUUUCCGUGGUUACAGCAUCCCUGAAUGCCAGAAGCUGCUGCCCAGGGCUCCAGGAGGGGAAGAACCACUGCCCGAGGGACUUUUCUGGCUCUUGGUUACAGGGGAGGUGCCCACUCAAGACCAGGUUAGCUGGCUCUCUAAGGAGUGGGCAAAGAGAGCAGCCCUACCUUCCCACGUAGUAACUAUGUUGGACAAUUUCCCCACCAACUUGCACCCCAUGUCUCAGUUCAGUGCCGCAAUCACAGCCCUAAACAGUGAUAGCAACUUUGCUCGGGCCUAUGCGGAAGGUGUUAACAAAUCAAAGUAUUGGGAGCUGACGUACGAAGACUCUAUGGAUCUGAUUGCUAAACUGCCAUGCAUUGCUGCUAAGAUUUACCGCAACCUUUACCGUGAAGGGAGCAGCAUUGGCGCCAUCGACUCCAACCUAGACUGGUCUUACAAUUUCACCAAUAUGCUGGGCUACACAGAUGCACAGUUCACGGAACUCAUGAGACUUUAUCUCACUAUACACAGUGACCACGAAGGCGGUAAUGUCAGUGCACACACCAGCCAUUUGGUUGGGAGUGCUCUAUCUGAUCCUUAUCUCUCCUUCUCGGCUGCCAUGAAUGGAUUAGCAGGUCCUCUACAUGGACUGGCCAACCAAGAAGUGCUGGGGUGGCUGACAAGCCUACAGAAGGAUCUGGGUGGAGAAGUAUCAGAUGAGCAGCUAAGAGACUUCAUCUGGAACACUCUGAAUUCUGGCAGGGUGGUACCUGGGUAUGGUCAUGCUGUGCUGAGAAAGACUGAUCCUCGCUACACGUGCCAGAGGGAGUUUGCCCUAAAACAUCUUCCUAAUGAUCCUAUGUUCAAGUUGGUAGCUCAACUGUACAAGAUUGUACCAAACGUGUUACUGGAACAGGGCAAAGCAAAGAACCCCUGGCCCAAUGUGGAUGCUCAUAGUGGUGUCCUCCUACAGUAUUAUGGCAUGAAGGAGAUGAAUUACUACACAGUCCUCUUUGGAGUAUCACGAGCGCUGGGUGUUCUAGCCCAGCUCAUCUGGAGCCGAGCACUUGGGUUCCCUCUGGAGAGGCCUAAAUCCAUGAGCACAGACGGCCUUAUGCAAUUGGUUGGAUCAAAGUCUGGUUAAUGUAGGAAUGGAAAAACAAGGGCUACACCCAUCUAGGUGAUGGGCCAACUAAAAGACAGUACACCUUUCGUUUAAACAGACUGCUUUGCAUCCUAUCGUAUUCUGACCGCUGACGAGAAAACACUUCUGGUUAUUUGCUGAAACCUGUCAUCUUUUCAACACACUUCGGGGAUCUCCCUUUCUUGCUGGAGAGUUCUAGAUUCAGUUCUCCAUCAAGAAAGGGCUCAUUUGCUGCCAAUAGGAAUCAGACUUGUCAUUCAGCAACUAUUAAGCAGUUAACUGUACCCUCCGUUUUAGUUAUUUAUACACCAUGUGCGGAGUUGUAUAGCUUCCUGGAUUUGUCACAAAAUGCAGAUUUUCUCUGCUCCUAUUACACUGUGAAAAAGCAGUAGCCAAUGCAAUAGUCCUAUCGAAUGGUCCUUUUUUUAGUCUUCUCUUCUGCCAAGCACUAUACAUUAGUGCUGUAUCCCAUACUUAAGAAGUACAUCUACUUACUCCCUCAAGAUCCUAGCAGAGAAGCGUGAUACCGGUGCUGCAUUCAGGUGUUCCGUUGUGAAAUCGGUUUCACGCAGACCUGGUUAAUAUCUGGGGAGGAGUUGGGCUGCUUUGUAAUGGGCAAUUCUGGCUCCUGGCUGGCAGCUUGUCUAGGAUCUUUUUAUUGUUUUUAUAAUGCAGAGAAAUGUUCCCACCCGAAGUUGUUGGACCAGGACUGUCCUGCAGUGACCCUAGCUGGGAGUGUGUGCAGCUUUUACUCCUGGUUUGAUCCUCUUAAUUGCUUUUUUUAUUUGCUGUCCCCUCCUCCUUUUUCUUUUUUUUAUGUAUGCAUCCCAACUUGUUCAGGUCAUGAAUGUGUGAACAAAAAUAAUGUUUUUUGUUUGUGUGAUAAAAGGUAAAUUUAACUGUGGACAUGGUACAGGUAUCAGGCUUGUCAUUUUUUUGGACAGUAAAAUAUAUUUUUUCCCUUUCCUUAAUUGAUCUACCCCCAACAACAUGUAGUCAGCAGUACACAGAGGUGACUAGCUAAUGUGCACGCUGCUGAAACACUUCAACUAGAAUUACGCACAUUAGAGGGCUGGCUUUACAUCUGUCUGCCCUAUGCAGGAUAAUGUAACCUUAUUACUGUUGCUAUUUUUACAUGACAGAUAUUGGGGACAGAGAAACGUGUUAUAGAUUAUGUCCAUUUUAUGGGUUUCUGUUUUAAGGAAGCAAGUUAGUCAGCAUUAAUCUACAUCAUCUUCAAAUAAUUACUUAUAACAUGGGAAGGGAUGUCCCAAACCUUCCAUCACUAGUCCAGUAAAGCCACCUUCCUUUGCAGCACUGGUACUCGCACCCAUUAGCAUACAGAAUGAAAGGGAAUCUAUAAGACCAGGCUAUAUAAUACACUCCUACAUCACCCUCUGUAUGUGAUACUUCCUGCCCCCUCGUCUGUGCAGGCAGAACCUGCAAGCAAAGGCUGUGCAAAAUAAGGAUGGAUGUUCAGAUUCUCAAUAGUCUAAAGGUUGUUCUGUAUAAAUGCAAAAUAAAUGUUUUUAUUAACUACAA